GGUGCCAUAAAAGAUAUUCCCUUGCUUGCCUCGUCUUGCUGUUACUCUGGACAAGGAUGCCAGGGUGUUCUCACUUGGGAAGGGGAAACAAAACAGCUAGGCUACGUCUACACUUCCGCCUACGUCGGCAAAACUUAUGUCGCAUAGGGGUGUGAAUAUUUCACCGACAUAAAUGUUUGUGUACAUGGUGCUAUGUCAGUGGGAGAGCUUCUCCUGCUGACAUAGCUACCGCCGCUUGGGGAGGUGGUUUUUUUAUGCCGAUGGGAGAGCUCUCUGUACUGGUACAGCUGUGACGCUGUACCGAUAGACAUGGCCCUAGAAUCCUGUUCCCCGAGCCCAGGACAUGCUGGAAAUGGAUCUUCUGUUCUAGAUGACCUGGGUGGAAACGAAUGAAGGCUUGAUGCAAAGGGCUCUGCAGUCAAUGGUGAGUCUCCCAUUGACUUUAAUGGGCUUUGGAUCAGGCUGUAAAACCCCCAUGUUCUGCGGGAACUGAAGGGAACAACCCAAGAGCCUUAGGUAGGCUACAGCACUGUUUGCCUGUUGCUGUGUCACUGCAAGCUGUCCUCUUCUCAAGCUAAGCAGGGUCAGGUAAGCUUAGUUCUUAGACGCAAUCCUCUCGGGAACCCCUCAGCAGUGCUAGCCAUUUGGUAGAUAACGUUUUCUGAGUCAGUGUGUGGUCACGGGGUUAGCACACCUCCGGGGCUGGGGGUGCUGAUUUUCACAGGAGAAAUAAAACCAAGCGGCUGGCCAUCUUUAGUCACUCAAGAUCCACUUCAGCCAUUGCCGUUUUCACAACAGUGCAAGUGCUACCCUUGGUGUCCUGCCCAAAUUCCAGCUCGAACAAUUACAUUCUGUGUAUUGAAAUUCCACCUCUAUUUUCAACUGGACACAUUGUGAUUCUUCUCUUUGUGCCCUGAAUGGUUGUGUGGUGCCAUCUGUGUUCCACCCCAGAAGUGGCUGCAUUUCAGAGUGACUAGUUUAAUCCCUCAAACCAAGAGUUUGUACAGCCCUUUAGAAUCCACAUGGACCAAAGAUGGUUAAGACACACUGGACUUUGACUCCGCACACCAGGAUUAAAAUCUUGCUUCUGCCAGAGACCCUCUAUACCUCAGUUUCCUACCUAUAAAAUCAGGAUAAUGCUCCCCUUGUUUAUUUGGAUUGUAACUGCUUUGUUAGAGCACCCCUCAACGAGAGCCCUGAUCUCAGCUGAGGCUGCUAGGUGCUACCACAAUGCAAAGGAAACAAGAAUAGAUACCAAGAUCGUUCUCCACUCCCAUCUGGAGAAGGGAAGGAGGUGGGUUUUAAUUCCCAGGUCGAACAUGGAAGGGAACAACGCUGCAAUUUCUUCAAUGAAGCAGUCGCAGAAGAAGACCGCUGCUCACCCAGGAGCUAUCACUGAAGCAUUGUGGCAGUGACUAAGCCAGAAACUGCAAAGCCAAGGCUGCCGCUUGCGGCUCUUGGGGGUUCUGCUAUUUCACAGGUGCAUGAGCUGAGCACAGAGUUUCAGCUUUUACCUCUGUGUUUCCUGACACAUGAUUCUUGGUGUCACCACGCGGAACAAUCCCCCUCCCACUGAAUCUCCACCCCCUCCUGCCCCAGUUGUAUGUGAAUAAUUGGUCACUCUUCCCCUUUAAAAACCUAUCUAGAAAUUAACAAAGGGAAAACCUUAUUAGGGUAGAUCCAGUCUUUAUCGCCAUAUAGUACAGUGCUUAUACUUACAGAUCAUCAGGAUGGGUUGUCAUUAAGACUGGAUGUGGAGACAGAAGAUCCAGGUUCACUCCCCAGCUCUGCCACCCACAGAUCCUGUGACCUUGGGCACAUCACUUCACCUGCCUGUACCUUAGCUCCCCAUCAGUAAAUGGGGGUAACGCUUUCUGCUUAGCUAAGCUCAUUGAGCUCUAAAGAGGAAAAGUGCUAUAUAAGAGCUACAUAUUAUUAUUGUGCUAGGCACUCUGCAAACACACAGGGCUUGUCUUCACUAUGGAAAAAGGUUUGUCCUUCACUCAAGUUAGCUAGUGCAAGGUAGAAGCCUAGUGACGAGAAGGCAGAUGCUACGUCUCACAGACAUUUGCAGGUCAAGUUGAAGACCAGGCUCCCCUGGGGUCGGAUUUGAGUUAAGAACAUACCUUUCCCCCCUAUGCCCCACCACAGUGAAGACAUGGUCUCUCUGCACCUCGGAGCUUACAAUCUAAGGACACAAAAGACACCAAGGCACAGCAGAUGGAGUGGUUUCUCUAAGAUGACAGAGACCAGAAUCCAGGUCUUCCAAGUCCUGGUCUCUCCAAAGGGCAACAUGGCUCAAGAUCUCACAGAAAAAGAACUGCUGAAGAUGGAACUUGACCAGCUAAAAAAGGAAGUGAAGAAUGAAAGGGAAAUGGUCUCCAAGACGGGCAAAGAGCUCAAGGAGUAUAUAGAAUCCAUGGCAGCAGAGGACCCUCUUUUGAAAGGUGUUCCUGAGGAUAAGAACCCUUUUAAGGAGAAGGGAGGCUGUAUAAUUAGUUGAUCCCCACCACUCACAAACUUCGGACCCUUUCCUCCUACAAAACGAAGACUGUGAGAAUUUUGCUUACCACUGUAGCGUGAUCUUUCCAUUGGGUGGGGCAGCCCUUUUGAAAUGCAGUACAUUUAUGGGACGAAAAAAAGGGAUAUUUGAGACGUACCUAAAUUUAGCAGCAAGAAGGCAGCCUUCUUCUCUAGGCCCUCACAGCUGAUUUCCAUUUAAUUUAAUAGACAUACACAUUUGUUGAACUCGCUGCACUUCUAUCAAUCAACACUUAAAUCAGGCAUUAAGAAAACCUUGGGACUAUAAAGCUUAACUUCAGACUUGACCUCUCUAGCACAAGGUGGAAGCCAAUUCCACUUGACUUGUUGGGUGACUGUGAGCAAGUCACUUAACCUCUGUGACAGAGUUUCCCCACCUGUAAAAUAGGGAUAAUAAUGCUUGCUCGCCUUUGGCAAAGCACGUAGAGAUCUAAGUUUCAAUGGUGCUAAGUAUUAUUAUAACUAUCACGCCCAAGGAUUUUAGGGGAACUGAUAAAUUGACAUAUUUACUCUGUCCACGUUCCAGGCUACCAGUUACUUGGAUGUUGCUCCUUUAUUAAUUACAUUAUUUGGGGAGAGACCCUCCCACCCCCUACCUCGUCUGCCCCCAGCAAUGCGCUCAGAUCACUACGCAAGAACAAAUAUUUAAUACAGAUGUAAUUUAACCAUUUAAAACACAAACACUCUCUUAGAAUACAAAUUGAGUCUGGUGUGGGGUAUGCAGAAGAGGAAGAUAAUAAGGAGCCAAUAGUAAGCAUUGAUGGGGAAAGGCACCACAAAGAAAUGUUUGCAGGCUCCAUCUGCUCAAACCUAGCCUGGGGUGAUAGUGAGAGUUAUUCCUCAGAUUGCAGUUCCAUGGCUUGGGUGGUAUUAGCGGAUGGAUCUCAGUCAAAUCCCCAGUGGUCAAGUACCCCUAAGCUGCCCCACAUUUAGCACUAACUUGCUAACAGGCUCAGCACUAAAUGAGCUAUAGUGUGAGACUGAGCCUCCUACAACAGAUUUGAGGCAUUGGCAGGGCAGCAUGAGGCACUCACCUUGCCACCUCCCGUGCUGUUACCCGUCCAACAGAUGAAGUGUAUCCGUCUGCAACCACCAAGACUGAAAUGUUCCAAGAGCCGAUGUGGUUAUGGGUGUCUUCAUUUUCUGGGGAGCCCUCCCCCCCAAAAAAUGAUUUGUGCAGUAACCUAAAUCAACAGAAAAAAAUGUAUAUUGAAAAUAAGACAGCGAGGAAUCCAAGCUUCCUGAGGCAGAACUGUCUACACCACUACCACUUCCCCUUUGAGUGAGACGUGUGGCCAAGACCACGACUCAGACCCCUGCUGCAUCCUGUGAUUUCUCUGUAAUAGUGUAUUUGAUAUUAAAGGAUAUGAAACACUUUACUUCAGAGGUACAAAAGAUAUGUUUGAAGCAGGCACGUAUCAGUGUAAGAUUUAGUAGCGUUAAAGACAAUAAAGGCUUUUUCAGUGAA